UAUACGAGUAAACGAGACGAGAGGUAUGUGGCCUCAACCAGUGCCUGUCUACGGAGAGCCUGUUUACUUUCAUUGUAUCGAACCUUCACUCAUUGUUCCUCUAGGGGCCGCCGCUAGCUAGUGCAGAAUGAAUGGGAGUCUAUGGGGCUAGACGGGUAAAAUGUAUCUUUAUUAUCGUCAAAAGCUUAGUUUUCUCUAGACUCCACCAUAAAUACAUGCCUGUCAGUUGGAGCAACCCAAAAAACUAGAUAAUUGCUGGAGAUUUUGACGAUUUAUGGUGAUUUUAUUUUCGUUAGAUCUUUGCUCAGAUUGACGUUAAUGCAUUAUAGAGGAGUGGAUCACCGCGGCAAGAUGGCGUCUCGAUUGACGCAUUCGUUCCAAUGAACAGCAGUAGUCAAGGCGACAUCUAGUCAGUAUAUAUAUCUAUGAUAUCUGGUAACACCGGCUCUGGUCAGACCCUAACGGUAGUACAUGAUGACGCCUGUAAAAAAAAAACUACGAGCGGUUUUAUCAUGUGCAGUUUUUAUGGCACUCUGUCACCAUGACACAAUAUUUUACGAAUACAAGUCCAAUCGUAUUUUCCACUCCCUCGCCAUGUCCCAAGUAAAUUACGCGCCAGUUCUAAAUAGCAUCUGGCAAAUCUUCGGACAUCUACGAUCACAUUCGGCGAGAGGCAGAAACGACCCUAACAAUCCACAGUAUUUGAGAAGAUGUCAUUACAACACAGUUAUCGCUCCACCGGAAAUACAUGAGCUACAAGAAAAGCCUUUCGUGCACAAAGUCUAUUCAGGGGGCAGUGUAUCAGUCACUGUUAUCUCGCAGUCUAUCAAGCACAGCAACUGUUGCUAUAGCAACCAUAGACUCUGAACAGGACGGUAGACUACCAAGCAAGCACUUAGGCAAAGUGUUUGAUAGUCUAUGGCAAGAUCUGAAUCUCAAUGAUCCAUCUACAAUGAGGAUGUAUCAUAGACCCUACCUUCAGUCUCUCCUGCCUGAUUCUGUGUACAAACACUGCCUCUAUAACUGCUUCAGAGCAAAGAAACAAACAGUAACCCGCAAUCUCCGAUGUCUGAGCAGCGAUGGUCUCACAGCUCAGUCCAUAGUCAAGCAGAAGUCAUUGGAGGUGUUAGGUCAGACAUAUUGCUGUGAUGAAUACACUAACAUUACGCCCAAAAUUUUGUCCAAAGUAGGGCGUAACCUCCAUAAUAGUCCACAUCACCCACUCUGGCUUAUUAAGGAGCGCAUUAAAUCACAUUUCUACAGUGCCUACACUGGCCGGUGGGGCAACCCACUCUUUUCCGUAUUUGACAACCUCAAUCCUGUAGUAACUGUGGAGCAGAAUUUUGACAGCCUGCUCAUUCCAAAGGACCAUCCGAGUCGCAAGAAAGGGGACAAUUACUAUCUGAACCACAACACCAUGCUGCGUGCACAUACCUCUGCUCAUCAGACAGAGCUGGUUCGUUCAGGGCUGGAUGCUUUUCUGGCCGUUGGGGAUGUUUACCGGAGAGAUGAGAUAGAUGCUAGCCACUACCCAGUGUUCCAUCAGAUGGAGGGGGUACGACUCUUCUCCAAUCAUGAACUAUUUGCAAAUGUGACAAAUGGCGAGGAACUGAAUCUGUUUGAAAAAAGAGGUCGACGUACCCCUCAAAAACAGAAGACUCAUACCCUGGAGGCAGUGAAAUUGGUGGAGUUUAGCCUCAAACAGACAUUAACACAUCUGAUCAGACAUCUAUUUGGGGAAGAGUUGGAAAUACGCUGGGUGGAAUGCUACUUCCCAUUCACUCAUCCCUCCUUUGAAAUGGAGGUUCGUUUCCAGGGCAGAUGGUUGGAGGUGCUUGGGUGUGGAGUGAUGGAACAGGAUUUAGUCUAUUCAGCUGGAGCAGAGGAUAAAAUAGGCUGGGCAUUUGGGUUGGGUUUAGAGAGGCUUGCAAUGGUCCUCUACAGCAUCCCAGAUAUUCGUAUCUUCUGGAGCGAGGACGAGCGUUUUCUGAAACAGUUCUGCCUGCCCAGCAUUGACCAUCCUGUCACGUUUCAGGCUAUUAGUAAAUACCCACCCCUGUGGAAUGAUAUUUCAUUCUGGCUUCCUGCUGAGGGUUACGAAGACAAUGACUUCUAUGACCUUGUCAGGAGUGUCGGGGGUGACUUGGUUGAGAAGGUGGCCCUGGUGGACAAGUUUACCCAUUCAAAAACCAAAAGGACAAGUCAUUGCUACCGCAUCACUUACCGUCAUAUGGAGAGGACUUUAUCACAGAAGGAGGUGCGGAUUGUCCACCAGGCUAUUGAACAGGCUGUCGAACAACAACUGGGGGGUGAAGGGAGCUGGAGCUCGUCCGUGCACUUCCGCAUCUGGGACUGAGGUGACGUCAUCACGCACCGUUCGCAUUGCUGUGACGCGACUGUAGGCACCGGGCCGCCGCGGUUCAACUCUAUUUCCCUGCCCUGGUGAGACUGACCCUUAAAGCGCCAGUGCCCUGCAUAAGCAUUUCUAGUGGGACCAUCUUUUUGUUUUUUUUUGGCCGGGUAGGGCCCCGGCCAACGGACAAUAUUAUUUGCUUUCUUUUUUCAUAUUGUCCUAUUUGUUGUGUGUACUUAAGUCUCCGUAUUGAGGCAUUCAGUGGCAGAACCAUUGGGUUGAAGGGGAAACGUUGUAGGGGGGAUUGUGCAAUACGGGUCCAUUAUUAAUGUGUGCUCCACGUGAUUGAUAUUUAUGACUUUUAUUGAGUGCUGUGUUAUUGACAUUAUCCAUAUCUUGUGUGUGUUGUGUUACGGCUUGACGUGUUCCAGUAACGGGGUUUGUCAUAUUCACCAGGGUGACUUAUAGUGAUAGCUGACCCUGAGUGUAGUCCUCCUAUACACUGCCCAUAUUCGCCCAGCAGGCUGCCUUGUGUGUUUUUAGAAGAACUGAUAAAUAAACUUGUAUUUGUACUUUGGUAAA